AUGUUUGUGAGGCGUUCAAGAAAUGGGUACCCCCACUUGUACAGUACUGUACUGACGCGAACGGAGCUAUCUGUGAGAGCGGUAAACCUCUGGUCUCUUGUUUACGCCGAUCUACUCCUUUUUAUACUAUUCUGCGCCGUCGGCUGGCCCAACUGCUACGUGUAUACGUGUUAG